AUGAACAGCCAGACGCCUGUGAAUACGAACGAGCCUCUUCCUCCCGUCGUACAAACGUCGUUAUUUGAUGUCGGUGCUAGAGUGUUGAGCCAUUAUGAUUACAUGUGGAUGAAUGCUAACCAGUCUAGUCGUAAGGCUGUCCAAACUGGCUACAAAUUUGACCAGCAUUUAUUCCCUUCGUACCACAAGGACAAGACUGUUCAAACUGAACUACCUCAGCAAAAGCAUGAUCCCUCUUUGCGCUUAACAGAUCUGAAGAGUGAAUUGGCUGCUGACUCUAUCUUUUGGGACACUGCUACUCCGGACCAAAUUGCUCAGCAAUUCGCAAACCAAAAUUUCCUGGAAUCACAUUAA